CGUCCUGGCCCUUAUAAGCCUUUCCAUCGCCCCCACACACCUUCGUCCUCCUUCUUGUACUUGUACCUCCAUCGCCUCAGUUUUCACACUCGGCUAUUAGCUCUCCGGCCAUCCUCUCGUGUACACAGUAACCUCCCAGCUGCGAGACAAACCCAGCCUUUUCAUUUCCUGCUCGAUCGGCGCCUGAUCCAUCUCUACAGUUGUGUACCAUCUCGGUCGAUGGGGCGCGCGCCGUGCUGCGAGAGGAGCGGGCUGAAGAAGGGGCCGUGGACGCACGAGGAGGACGAGAAGCUGGUCGCCUACAUCAAGAAGCACGGCCAGGCGAACUGGCGCACCAUGCCCAAGCAUGCCGGCUUGGAGCGUUGCGGGAAGAGCUGCCGGCUGCGGUGGACGAACUACCUCCGGCCGGACAUCAAGCGCGGCCGCUUCUCCUUCGAGGAGGAGGAGACCAUCAUCCAGCUCCACAGCAUCCUCGGCAACAAGUGGUCAGCCAUUGCGGCGCGGCUGCCGGGACGCACGGACAACGAGAUCAAGAACUACUGGAACACGCACAUCCGCAAGCGCCUCCUCCGCAUGGGCCUCGACCCCGUCACCCAUGCGCCGCGCCUUGACCUCCUCGACCUCUCCACGCUCCUCAAGCCCGCCGCUGCCGCAUACUACCCGACGCAGGGCGACCUCGACACGCUCCGCGCGCUCGAGCCGCUCGCCGGCUACCCGGACCUCCUCCGCCUCGCCUCCACCCUCCUCGCCGCGCCGACGCCCACCUCUACCACGGCCGAGCAGCAGAUGCUCCUGCCCUGGCUCAUCCAGGCGCAGAUGGCGCAACAGGUGUCUCAGCCGCCGCCGCCGCCGCAGCAUGCCACGGCGGCGGACCAGUUCAUGCCGCCCAGAUCGGCGUGCCAAAUGCCAGCCCUGGUCCACGCGAACUCCGGGCAGCAGCAGCACCAGGAUCACAUGGUAGCCUGUGACUACACGAACCUCCCUUGCUACGACAGCCAGCUCGACUACGUGCCGCCGCUGAUGAAGAUGGCCUCAGACACGUCCAAGAUGCAACAGUGGAGCGGCACGGUCACCAGCAGCGACAACAACUUCAACGUCGGUUCUUGCGUGUCCACGCCGUCGUCGAGCCCCGUGGGCCGGCUGAGCUCGGCUUCCACGGCAACGUUCUGCGCGAGCGAGAGCAAUUUCUUCGACGCGAUCGGCGCCGACGCCGCCGGCCUGUUCGACAUGCACCUGUCCGGUCUCCUCGAUGUGAGCGACUACCUGUAGCUAGCUAGCGAGAUUAUUCCAUGUACGUACGGUUCUCCACCUCAGUCCUUGGAUAGUGGAGACCAAAGUCGAUCGAACAGUUGGCCGCGUACCGACCUAGAGCGAGCAAAACAAGAACAUUGAAGUGCAAGGGGAUAAUGACAGAGGUCGCGUUGACGGUGGGGGAGGCGGCAGGGAUAGUGUUGACCUAGAUCCCGAUGCCCUGUUGGAGUCCAUAGUUGCUAGUGGGGAGCGGAAGAAUUUGGAAAUCGAGUUAAGUUGAUACCAUGUAACUUGACUAGCUUCUGUUUUCUGUGAGUUGCCGAAAAAAAAGGAGAGGCCCGUCGUCUCCGCACGGAGUUGGCAAUGGAGGUUGGAGUCCCUCUGGUGUUGAGCCA